AAGGAUUGACUGAACUGACAAGUCGUCGUUGUGCCAAAUAUGAUGUGCUAAUUUAUUUAGGCAGAGCCACUGGAUUUGAGUCAUGCUUAGGAGUUGUGAAUGUUAAAUCAUGCUGGGGGUUGUGGGCCAUCUCAUGCCUUCUGCGGAAUUCUCAUACCUUAAAUUACUUAUUAACCAACCAAGUAUCCUUCCUUCAUUUUCUUACUUCCUUUGACUCACAAAUACAAUGUCCAUUUUCCCUCGUCUCAUGUCUCUUUCUUCUUGUUUUCUUCACAUAAAUGGUUUUUAAGGAUUUGAAGUUGCCAAGAAUUGAGCCUUCCCCAGACCCCACUUGGUAGGAAUAUACUGGGUUUGUUGUUGUUGUGUAAUAGAGCCUCGACAACACGUGGUUAGGUUAUGGAAGAAAAAGAUGAAGCGGUGACAAAAGUGGAAGGCCUAAGUGCUCUGCCUCCAUUAAACUCUUCCACCAUUGCAGUAGCUAUCAAUGGUAAGAAAAAAAGCAAACAUGUAGUCAGGUGGGCUUUGGACAAAUUUGUUCCUGAAGGAAAGGUUUGCUUCAAGCUGUUACACGUCCGUCCACGCAUAACUGGUGUGCCUACCCCCAUGGGAAACUUUAUUCCAAUUUCACAAGUGCGGGAUGAUGUAGUUGCUGCUUUCCGGAAGGAUGUCGAGUUGCAAACAAGUGGAAAUCUUCUUCCUUACAAGAUGUUAUGUACUAACCGAAAGGUCCAAGUAGAAGUUUUACAACUUGAAUCAGAUGAUAUCGUGAAAGCUAUAGCACAGGAGGUCACCAAGCAUAAUAUCAUCAAGCUUGUCAUAGGUGCUUCAUCUCGUAGCAUCUUUUCUAGGGGACAAAGCUUAUCCUCAAGAAUCUCAGAUGGUACUCCAAGCUUUUGUACCAUCUAUGCUGUUUCAAAAGGAAAAUUGUCAUCUAUACGUCCUGAUUCAAAAAUAAAUGGAACCAGUUUGGCUGGAGAUAGUUACACAAGCUGCUCAAUCACCAGUUCAACAGGCCACACUUCAAGUUCGCUAACAGAAAGGUCGGAACCAGACUCAAGUACUUCAUACAGUCACUUCCAUUCUCCUUCACUGCCAAUGCAAAGAUUUCGAGCUCUUUCACUUAUUAAUCAGAACUUUCCACAUAGAAGAGCAAGUUCAAAUGUACCAGUCCACCAUAAAAAGUAUUCUCUUGAUUUUGAUGACGGUGAGGAUGAUGCCAGUUCUUGUCCCCAAGGAACAUUUCUUACUGAUGGAGAUGACCUUGCUUCUAGUUUUAGGAGCUUGGUAACAAACAACUAUACAACGGCAGAUGAUCAAGCUUCAAUUUCAGGGGCUCCAACAAAUUCAUCAUCGAGAUUUGAGGCGGACAUCAAUUUUGAGCUGGAGAAGCUAAGAACUGAAUUAAGAAAUACUCGAGGAAUGUAUGCAGUUGCACAAACUGAAGUAAUCGAAGCUUCUAGAAAGAUAAAUGAGCUGCAAAAGCGCCGGUUGGAGGAAGACAUUAAACUUAGGGAAAUUUGUCUAAAGGAGGAGGAAGUAAAAGAGUUAGCCCGAAAAGAGAAUGAGAAGUACGAAGCUGCAAAAAAAGAAGCUGAUUAUGUGAAGGACUGUGCUGAAAGAGAGGCUGCACAAAGAAAAGAAGCAGAACUACUAGCCUUGCGUGAGGCAAAAGAAAAAGAGAAGCUUGAGCAUGCCUUGAUGGGUCAGGCACAUCAGUACCAAGAAUUCAGUUGGGAAGAAAUUGUAUCUUCCACCUCUUCUUUCUCUGAAAAUCUUAAAAUUGGUACGGGGGCAUACGGAACUGUUUAUAAGUGCAGCUUGCAUCAUACUACAGUCGCUGUCAAAGUUCUUCACUCUGAGGGAUCUCACCUAACGAAGCAGUAUCAACGAGAGCUGGAAAUAUUGAGCAAAAUAAGUCAUCCACACUUGCUAAUCCUUCUUGGUGUGUGCCCCGAUCGUGGUUGCUUAGUGUAUGAGUUCAUGGAGAAUGGUAGCUUGGAGGAGAGGCUUCUUAGGAAACAUGACACACCUCCAAUUCCAUGGUUUGAUAGAUAUCGAAUUGCAUGGGAAGUGGCCUCUGCCCUUGCCUUUCUUCACAGCUCCAAACCAGAUCCAAUUAUUCAUCGUGAUCUAAAGCCUGCAAACAUAUUGCUUGAUCGUAAUUUUGUCAGUAAAAUUGGUGAUGUUGGCCUCUCAACCAUGAUAAAUUCAGAUGCUAUGUUAUCCACCAUUUACAAAGAUACAGGUCCUGUGGGAACACUGUGCUACAUAGAUCCUGAGUACCAAAGGACCGGAUUAAUCUCUCCAACAUCGGACAUUUAUGCAUUUGGGAUGGUUCUCUUGCAGUUGCUAACAGCAAAAGCAGCAAUGGGACUUCCCCACAUUGUUGAAACAGCAACGGAUAAUGAUAAUCUGACUAAGGUACUAGAUCCAGAGGCUGGUAAAUGGCCAUUAGAAGAGACCAAAGAACUAGCUAUUCUAGCCCUUAAAUGCACAGAGCUUUGUCGAAGAGACAGGCCCGAUUUGAAAGAUGAAAUUCUCCCUGCGUUGGAGAAAUUGAAAGAAGUUGCUGAUAAGGCUCGAGAUUCUGCCUCGCCUGCCCAGCCUCCUCCUCCUAACUACUAUUUGUGUCCUUUACUCAAGAGCAUAAUGGAGGAACCUUGUGUAGCAGCUGAUGGGUAUACUUACGACAGGAAGGCAAUAGAAACAUGGAUAAAAGAGAACAAUGUAUCACCAAUGACGAACCUUCCAUUAGCUCAUAAGAACCUUCUACCAAAUUACGCACUGCUUUCUGCGAUUCUGGACUGGAAAUCAAGGUAGGCUGGAAACAUUUUAGAUUGAUAGGGUAGUUAUUUUUGACUUAUAAUCUAGUUGAACAUAGCAUAACAAAUUUAUGUACCGUCACACAGUGAACCAGCCGAUAGAUUUGGAUGUUUCUCUACCAGUGUAAAAUUUGGAAAUGUGAGAUUGAGCAACCAGUUGUAUGACAUAUAAUCAUGUAGGUAGUAUAAAUGUGUUAGGCAGUUAGAGAAGAGUUGUGCAAGGGAGAGGAAGAGAGUUGCAUAUGAAACUAUGUGAUGACAUGCAUCCUGUUGUCAUCGCCGGAGUUGUAAUGGUCAUGUUAAGACCUUUAAUAUUAAGCAGUGCGUUCUUUGCAAUCUUCGAAGGAAGUGCGGGUUUGAGCCCUAUCAGUCCCGAAGGAUUCAAUAAAUAUAUCAAUUCAUCUCUCCAUUUUUUGUGAAAAGGCGGACAUGGAGCAUGACUUCAUUCUCAACAGGUGAUCUGCUUUAGCUUCAAAAGAGGCUCCCGCUUACUUCAAGCUCAUUUUAACAUAGGCUGAUCUAACUUGAGUUAUUAGCGUUGAACUCAUUGUACUUAAUUGUGUAAAAUUUUGGUAGGUUUUCACAUGUAUAUCUAUGCUUCCUGUUGAAAAUACAUGUGCUUGUGGCCAAAGAGCUGCAUCGGUCAUUGCGUGUGAACCCUCCUAUCAUUGUUUUUCCUUAACGAUUGGAAAUAUGAAAGAACAUUUCAAUUUAGUAAA